CGAACAUUGCCUUUAAUUAAGGUUAUUGCAGGGGUCGAUAAUAAAUUAUGGAUCUGCCAGGCAGACCACAAAGAAUAACAAUAGCAUUAAACGUGUUUCACCAACAAAACAGGCUAAACACGGAAAGAUAAACUUGUCCUUGUCUGUCUCAUUGGCCAAUUAACUGAUUUUACUUAAGAGAUCUGACCUCGAGGUUAAACUUCUUUAGGGCAAUGUCAUUUUCGUUUUCUUAUCAUUUCACACCCCGUACGGUAUGUUUAACUUUGAGAGCGGUCCAAUAAUUAUUAAUAUGCUCUAAGCAAAGAAGAGUUUAUUGAGCGGCUCCGUGAUUGGUCGGCCUCUUUACACUGAGUCAAGCUCGUUCGGCCUCUGUUUAUUGCUAAAUUUCCUUGCUUGUGCAUUUCAAUUACUUGUCGUGGUGCGUGCGCGCUGAUUGGUCCGCGAGCAUGGAUUUAAAUAUCUAUGGUUAAUUACUUUUCUGACAUAUCAGAACGAGGUGUGACUUUUAUUCAUUGACGGCUAAUUAGGAAGCUGCUUGGAUCGACGGAGCAAUAAUUUCAUUUCGGUUCGAUCAUCUGUUCUUGUGCUAGUUUAUUAGUACCUCGCGCUGUGUGAAGGUCUGGUCGUUGUGAGCAAAAGCACAUCGAGUCAACACACGCUAUGCACUCAGAGGAGAAAAAACAACCCACUUCAUUUUCCGUGAACCACAUUCUACAAGCCGCUGAGAACACAAUGUCUAGUGAAAGGCCAAGAGAGACAGAGAACGCAAAUACUGAUGACUCCAGCGAGUACAGCAAUGUCAAGAUCACCCUUGACGAGGCCGACUUAUGGCGGCGCUUCAAGUCGCUGACCAACGAGAUGAUCGUCACCAAAAAUGGAAGGCGGAUGUUUCCAGUUCUUAAAAUAAACGUCACCGGUCUGGAGCCUAAGGCUAUGUACUCCUUCCUGCUUGAUUUCGUGUCCGUCGAGGGCCACCGUUGGAAGUACGUGAAUGGAGAGUGGGUUUCUGGUGGGAAGCCAGAACCUCCGACACCAAGCUGCGUGUACAUCCAUCCUGAUUCACCAAACUUUGGCGCACACUGGAUGAAACAAUCUGUGGUGUUCUCCAAAGUCAAACUGACCAACAAACAAAAUGGCAAUGGACAAAUCAUGCUGAAUUCCUUACACAAGUAUGAGCCACGAAUUCACAUCAUCCGCGUCGGUGCUCCAGAAAGUAAUCGAACAGUGGUUUCUCACUCAUUUCCAGAGACGCAAUUCAUCGCCGUGACAGCUUAUCAAAACGAAGAGAUUACCAGUCUUAAAAUUAAGUACAACCCUUUCGCCAAAGCUUUCCUGGACGCGAAAGAAAGGCAAGAACAGAAGGAAGCUCUGGAACAAGCAUAUGAGCCACGAAUUCACAUCAUCCGCGUCGGUGCUCCAGAAAGUAAUCGAACAGUGGUUUCUCACUCAUUUCCAGAGACGCAAUUCAUCGCCGUGACAGCUUAUCAAAACGAAGAGAUUACCAGUCUUAAAAUUAAGUACAACCCUUUCGCCAAAGCUUUCCUGGACGCGAAAGAAAGGCAAGAACAGAAGGAAGCUCUGGAACAAGCAGUAGAGUCACAUUCCGCAUACUCGCAAUUUGACAGUUUGAGAUGGAAGAGAGCGGAAGAGAAUAGAAAGGAGUGGAAGAGAGUGGAAGAGGAAUGGAAGAGAACGGAAAAGAGCGGAAGAGAAUGGAAGAGAGUGGAAGAGGGUGGAAGAGAGUGGAGGGAGUGGAAGUGA